GCCUAUAGACAAUGGCAGCGCACAGAGCAGGAAAAAGGUGCUUCCUGCCCAUCUUCCAGCCCUUCCACUGCUGGGAUUCUAUUAUUAUUACUAUUAUUAUUAGCAGGCUGGGUGGUCCUCUGUCGGGAGGGAUCGAAUGGUGUCCUUUAGGACAGAGAGAGGUUGGGCUUUCUGCCCUAAAGGGCCAUCUUUGGGCUUCUCUUCCAGCUCUAGGAUUCUAUUAUUAUUAUUAUUAUUAUUAGUAGUAGUAGUAGUAGUAGUAGUAGUAGUAGUAGGCUGGAUGGCCCUCUGUCGGAAGGGAUUUGAUGGUGUCCUUUAGGGCAGAAGGGGGUUGGAUUGGAGGGGCCUUCUUGGGGCUUCUUUUCCAGCUCUAGGAUUCUAUUAUUAUUUUAUUUUAUGACACAGCUAACAAGAUAGAUAUGCUGGAUUUCGUCCAGCAUAUUAUUAUUAUUAUUAUUAUUAUUAGUAGUAGUAGUAGUAGUAGUAGUAGUAGGCUGGAUGGCCCUCUGUCGGAAGGGAUUUGAUGGUGUCCUUUAGGGCAGAAGGGGGUUGGAUUGGAGGGGCCUUCUUGGGGCUUCUUUUCCAGCUCUAGGAUUCUAUUAUUAUUUUAUUUUAUGACACAGCAAACAAGAUAGAUAUGCUGGAUUUCGUCCAGCAUAUUAUUAUUAUUAUUAUUAUUAUUAGUAGUAGUAGUAGUAGUAGUGGUAGUAGUAGUAGUAGGCUGGAUGGCCCUCUGUCAGAAGGGAUUUGAUGGUGUCCUUUACGACAGAAGGGGGUUGGAUUGGAGGGGCCUCUUUUGGACUUCUCUUCCAGCUCUAGGAUGCUAUUAAUAUUCUUAUUAUCAUUAUUAUUAUUAUUAUUAUUAUUAUUAUUAACAGGCUGGAUGGCCCUCUGUUGGAAGGGAUUUGAUGGUGUCCUUUACGGCAGAAGGGGGUUGGAUUGGAGGGGCCUCUUUUGGACUUCUCUUCCAGCUCAAGGAUGCUAUUAAUAUUAUUAUUAUCAUUAUCAUUAUUACUAUCAUUAUUAUUAUUAUUAACAGGCUGGAUGGCCCUGUCGGGAGGGAUCGGGUUGUGUCCUCCUUUAGGGCAGAAAGGGGUUGGGUUGAAGGGGCCUUCUUUGGAAUCUCCAGCUCUAGGACUCUUUUAUUAUCAUUAUUAUUAUUAUUAGCAGGAUGGCUGGCCCUCUGUCGGGAGGGAUCAGAUGGUGUCUGUUAUGGCGGAAAGGGGUUGGACUGGAAGGGUCUUUUUUGGGCUUCUUUUCCAGCUCUAGGAUUCUAUUAUUGUUAUUAUUAUUAUUAUUAUUAUUAUUAUUAUUAUUAUUAUUAUUAUUAUUAUUAGGCUGGCUGGCUGUGUUUUGCCUGUCCUCUUGUGCUUCCCUCCUCCUCCUCCUCCCUGGCUUCCUCAGGAAAAGGCCAAGGAGGAAAUGGGAGGAGGGCGGCCCCACUCUGCAGUGAGGACUCUGGGCCUCUGAGAAGAGGAGCCUUUCCCAGCGCCAUGGGGCCCCGGGCCCUCCUGCUGCUUCUUUCUGUGCAGGCCUCGCUGGGCCCCGAGUUCGGGAGCUGUGCCUCGGCCCUGGAUCCCAACGGGAGGAACGUCUGCCAGUCCGGCAGCCAGCCCCCGGCCCUCUCCUGUUGCCCCGGAUGGGAGCAAGACGGCGCCGAAUGCCCCCUCGCGCUCUGCACGGGACCCAAUGCCUGUGGCCAGGAGGAGGUCUGCAUUCGGCCAGGAGUCUGCCGCUGCCGCCCUGGCUUCUUUGGCGCCAAUUGUACCGGACGCUGCCCUGCCCAGUUCUGGGGCCCGGAGUGCAAGGAGCGCUGCCUGUGCUUCCCGCAGGGGUGGUGCCAGCCAUCCAGUGGGGCGUGCCAGUGUGGGCCCGGCUGGUGGGGGCCCCUGUGUGACCGGCCCUGCCCUUGCGGCCCCCACGGGCGCUGCCACCCGGCCUCGGGGGCCUGCCUGUGCGCCGCGGGCUGGUGGGGGCCCCUCUGCCGCCGGCCCUGCCCCUGCUUCCCGGGGGGAGCCCCCCACUGCCACCCGGCCUCGGGGGCCUGCCUCUGCCGGGAGGGCUUCUGGGGCCGUGCCUGCGCCUCCCGCUGCGCCUGCCACGGCUCCCCCUGCGCUCAGGACUCCGGCCGCUGCCGCUGCGAGGAGGGGCGCUGGGGGGCCGCCUGCCAGCACCUCUGCCCCUGCCGGCCCCCACGAGGCUCCUGCGCCCCCAGCAACGGCUCCUGCACCUGCCUCCCCGGCUACACCGGCAAGGACUGCUCGGAACCCUGCCCUGGCGGCACCCAUGGGCUGCGCUGUGCUCACAGCUGCGGCCAUUGCAGGCCCCCCGCCCCUUGCUCCCCUUUGGACGGCUCCUGCGCCUCCUGCGCCCCCGGAUGGAACGGGACCCUCUGUGUUGAGCCCUGCCCCCCAGGGCGAUAUGGGGAGGGCUGCAUUCAGAGCUGCCCUCGCUGUCGCCAAGGGGAAACUUGCCACCCGGAGACCGGGGCCUGCCAGCACUGUGAGGCCGGCCUCACUGGAGACAGAUGCCACCUUCCAUGUCCUGCCAACCUUUUUGGGGAGGGCUGCCGCCUUGCUUGCCCCUUCUGUGCCAAUGGGAGCUGCGACCCAGUGAGCGGGGCCUGCCUUUGCCAAGCUGGUUUCUGGGGUGCCAGCUGCAACCAGAGCUGCCCUGAGGGCUUCCAGGGCCCCAACUGCUCCUCCGCGUGCCAUCCGGUCUCAGGCCAUUGCCCGUGGGGGGGCUCCCACCAAGCAGCCCUUGUGGCCAAGAUCCUGACUCCGCUGCUGCUUCUCCUCCUCUUCUUCUUCUUCUUCCUCGGAUGCUGGUGCUGCCGCCGAACGGAGCCCCAAGAUGCUAGGCACAGAGCGGCACCAGGGGAAGGGGACCCGCUCCGGAGGGUGAAGCACCACGUGCGCUCGGCCUUGCCCUGCCUCCCCUUGGAGGGCCACAAGCUCCCCAGAGUCACAGUCUCCCACCACGAGGCAGAGAUGCCCUUCACCCCCAGCUUCAUCGAGGGCCCCUCCGCUGCGUGGCCUUCCGACUCCUCCUCGUGGGACUCCGAGGGAGAGGAAGAAGAGGAGGAAAAACAGGCCGAGAGAGUGGCAGCAGAUGCGGACAUGGGUCGGGAGCCCUUUCCGCCGCUGGGCAUCCCCCGCACGUCCAGCCUGGCCAAGGCCCCCCGGCCCUCCGUCUCCUUUGCACAAGGGACCCGCUUUGGGACCCCGGGACCCCCUGGAAAAGCGCCAGAGGAAGGGUCCUGCCCCGAGAAGGUGGAGGGGCUGACCACCAUCUACGUGACUGUGGGCCAGGCGGAAACGGUGGGGGGCGAGGGGAAGAGAGACCCAAAAGAGGAGAGUGGGCCUAAGUACGAGAACGUCCCAGGGUGGUCCCCAUAGGGCCCCCUUUCCCCCUUGCAAACAAUGACAGCACAAUAACAAGAAGGAUUGGGUGCCACUUCCCACGCCGCCAGCAGAGGGCGCUGUUUAAAGCUCCCUUUCUCCCCUUGCAAACCAGAAAAGGGUGAGAUGCCAUUCCCAACGCCACCAGCAGAGGGUGAUGUUCCUCUUGAUUAAGGCUCCCAAAGGCCAGAAAGGACUUAGGUGCCACUCCCAAAGCCACCAGCAGAGGGCGCUGUUUCGUUUGUUUCUAAGCCGCUGCCGGCAGAAUCCUGACUUCUUUUCCUCUGAACUCUGCACAUGCUCAGAGUCUCAAUGUGUUGUCGAAGGCUUUCAUGGCCGAGAUCACAGGGUUGUUGUAUGUUUUCCGGGCUGUAUUGCCAUGUUCUAGAAGUAUUCUCUCCUGACGUUUCGCCCACAUCUAUGGCAGGCAUCCUCAGAGGUUGUGAGCUCUUGGAUAAUAAGGAGGGAUUAAGGAAAAGCCUAUUAAACAUCAAAUUACAUUAUGAUUUUACAAUUUAAACGCCAAAACAUCAUGUUAUACAACAAAUUUGACAAAAGAAGUACAGUAGAGUCUCACUUAUCCAACGUUCUGGAUUAUCCUAAGCCGCCCCGAGUCCCCGUUGGGGAGAUGGUGGCGGGGUAUAAAUAAAGUUUUAUUAUUAUUAUUAUUAUUAUUAUUAUUAUUAUUAUUAUUAUUAUUAUUAUCCAAGGCAUUUUUGUAGUCAAUGUUUUCAAUACAUGAUAUUUUGGUGCUAAAUUCGUAAAUACAGUAAUUACUAUAUAGCAUUACUGCGUAUUGAACUACUUUUUCUACCAGUUUUGUGGUAAAACACAAUGUUUUGGUGCUUAAUUUGUAAAAUCAUAACCUAAUUUGAUGUUUAAUAGGCUUCUCCUUAAUCUCUCCUUAUUAUCCAACAUAUUCGCUUAUCCAACUUUCUGCCGGCCCGUUUAUGUUGGAUAAGUGAGACUCUACUGUAUUUACGAAUUUAGCACCAAAAUAUCAUAUGUAUUGAAAUAUGUAUAUUUCAAUAUGUAUUGAAAACAUUGACUACAAAAAUGCGUUGGAUAAUCCAGAACGUUGGAUAAGUGAGACUCUACUGUAUAUUGAAAACAUAUAAUAAUGACAAAGCAUGAGGAAGAACGGAUCUGAUUUUAUGUUUGAAAUGUACGUUUUAAUUCAUAAUGUAUUUUAAUAGUUUUAACUGUUUUAUGUGCUGUUUUAUAUUGGUUUGUAUGGGCAUCUAAUUAUUGCCAUUGUUGAAGGGCGGGAUAUAAAUGUGAGAAAUAAAUAAACAUUGACUACAAAAAUGGCUUGGAUAAUCCAGAAGCUUGGAUAAGUGAGAGACUACUGUAUUAUUAAAUAUUACUGUUUCCCAGUAUUGUGUUAACUCAAGUGUUAUGUUCUGGCCUGGGUGAUUUCUAUAUUCUGGUCGAUCAAUAAAAGGGUUCAGCAUUCCCAUCACUGUUUGAACAA